UUUUCUAUUUAUUCGAUUCCGAAAAUACCAUUCUAUUUCUUUACCAUACACCCCCACUCCAAAUUUCACAUCAGCUCCUGCAAAAUUAGGGUUUCCGUAAAUCGGAAUGUGAAAGAACAGUACAAUGGAACACACCGAGGAAUCAAAUUCAGCUACUUUAGCGUUACAAUCGCCAAACACCGUCACCAAUGACACCGAUCACACACUACAAGAAAUCGAACAACAGCUAAAAAAUCAGCUCAAUUUCAAACAACACCAAAAUCACGACGAACAAGAAGAAAAAAUAGGCGAAGUUAAAGUAUCUGAAGAACAAGACGAAGAGCACAAAGCUGAUAAUAAUUAUGAUCAGGUGGAAAAAAAUUCGACUGCGUGGCAUCAAGAUGAUGGCUGGGGAGAGAGCAAUGGCGGCCAUGAAGGGCAAAAAGGUAAUUAUAAUUAUGAUGAGGAGGGGAAUGGUUCGAUUGGGUGGAAUCAAGAUGAUGAUGGGUGGGGAGAUAGCAAUGGCGGUGGCCGCGAAGAGGUUAAAUAUGAUUAUAGUGAUAAUAAUAAUAAUGGUUAUGAGGAGAAGUUAGGUGAUGGGUAUGGUGAUUUGGAGAGAAAAGAUGAGAGAUUUAAUGGUUUUGAUAGAAGGAAUAGUUAUAAUAAUGGUAAUCAGUAUCAGUACCCAGUUAGACCUGAAGCUGAAGAUUGUUCCUUUUACAUGAAAACUGGCUCUUGCAAAUUUGGAUCUAAUUGCAAGUUUAAUCACCCUGCUAAACGAAAAAGCCAGGUCCCCAGGGAGAGGGUUAAGGAAAGGGAAGAACUGACGGACAGGCCAGGGCAGACAGAAUGCAAGUAUUACUUAAGGACAGGGGGAUGUAAGUAUGGCAAAGCUUGUAGAUAUAAUCACUCAAAAGCAGGAUCUCCAGUGCUCCCAGCAAAAACUACGGUGGUUCCUGCUUUAGACAUUAACUUCCUGGGUCUGCCAAUCCGUCCGGGAGAGAGAGAGUGCCCGUAUUAUAUGCGCAACGGCACCUGCAAGUAUGGAGCUACCUGCCACUUCAAUCAUCCUGAUCCCACUGCUGUGGUAGGAAGUGACCCUUCAGCAUUAAGUAAUGGUGGAUCUGUUCCUUUACAAAAUUCUUCUCAAUCAAGUGCAGCCUCUUGGUCUUCACCAAGAGGACUAAAUGGGAAUCCUCCUUUUAUGCCGGUUCUUUUUCCACCAACUCCAGUGGCUUCUUCGCAGAAUCCUGAAUGGAAUAAAUAUCAGGUUCCUAUAUACCCAGUGGAAAGAGCUAUACAUCAACCUGCAGCAUAUGUCAUGAGCAAUCAAGCUACUGGUAGCAAUGUCUAUAAACAUCAGCAACAGAUUCUAGUUGAUGAAUUCCCAGAACGACCUGGUCAGCCAGAGUGCAGUUUUUAUAUGAAAACUGGGGACUGUAAAUUUAAGUCCAACUGCAAAUACCAUCAUCCAAGAAACCAUUCCUCAAAGUCACCUCCUUGUACUCUUAGUGACAAGGGCCUGCCACUGAGACCUGGUCAAAGCAUAUGUUCAUACUACAGCCGAUACGGUUUAUGCAAGUUUGGGCCUGCUUGCAAAUUUGACCAUCCAAUACAACCAGCUUCAACAGAUUCUGCUGAUGAUCUGGAUCAGCCCUUUGCCGACACUCUUGUCGUAGAUGAGUCUAGAUUGGGUGAAAGUGGAAAUGAAAGCGAUACUGCAAUUCAGCAGUCAAUGUAGAAAUUUUUGCGUCAAUUAAUCUAGCUGUUAGGAUCACAUCAUACUGAGAAAUUUCAAGAUUUCUCAGUGAAACGUGGAUCUUUUGUUUAACUUGCACUCUUUGGUGCACUCUUUGGAGCCACACGCUUUUGAAACAGUGGCAUUAUAUAUUUAUGUGAUGUGUUGUUACAGACCCAUAAGCGGUCUUGGAUGUGUAAAGUGUCGGUUUCAUGUUACUACCGUCCUUAUUUAUUUACUUGACAUGUCAAUUACCAACUCAUGAGUUACAGAUGGCCAUGGAUUGGCUCUGGUAAUCAACAUGGUUUACCCUUGAAUGUCCCAACUUAUCCUCUUCAAUAUAUUGAUUUUCUGAUCUA